AUGGCGCUGAGUUUGGGCGACCUAUUCAACUUGAGGGCAAAACUGCACAAGCACGUGUACCAGCACCGCAUCGUGAAGGUCAUUGACCACAUGGUGGCGGAUGCUCUCUAUGAAGCCAAUCCAUACUUCACAGUGAAGACCAGCGGCGGCAAGCUCAUCCGGAUGUCUGAGUGCGUUGACGACGAUGAUGGCUUCUGCCAGCUUGGGGACUGGUUGUUGAACGCUAUUGCAGCCUCUGGCGAUCCGCAGCUGGAGAAGGCGCAAUCCAUCAUUCGCCGUAUCAACGAGCGCGACUUGUACCCGGUCAUUGGCAUGGCGAUGUACGCUGAGUACCAGAAAGGGCUGAAUGAACAGAAUAUUAAGGACGGCAUCCUGAACCACUGUACGGCCGGGGAAGACAACGGGAAGCUGCGGUGCGCCGUUGAGGCGACGCUGAUCGUGUCCAUUAUUGAUAUUACGUUCGGCAGCAAGGACGAAAACGGGUUACCGGACGACCCUAUCAAUCACAUGGCAUUCUACAACCCAAAGAAUACGGAGGUAGGUGCCUUUAAGCUCCCAAAGAUACGGAUGAGCCCUCUGUUCUCACCCAGCAAGUACAGUGAACAGAUGGUACUCGUCAUGGUGCGUGACAGGUUGCUUUUCGGUAUAGUCAAAGCUGCAUUUGACGAGUGGCAGGAGAGCAACGACCUCCGCUUGGGGGUUGCCGUGCCAACACACAACACGCGGAAGGAUGAGAGUCCAGGGAAAGGCUCGGUGAGGACUAGGUCUGUGAUCGAUCGUAACAGCAGCUUUGGCAGUGUUGAAUUCCAUGCCAGUGAUUUUCCUUUCGCAGGAUUGCGACAAGAGCCGGGUGCGGCGGUUUCAGAAAACCAGCAGCAAAAUUCACAACGACAGCAAUCGCAAGAGGAGGAAGUAAGGGAGGAGAGAAGACGUAGGUCGAACAGUGUUCUCUCCGCCAAUUCACUGCCUCUGAACUCAGAACCACUGGGCCGGGAGAAUGAGGGAUGCAGGAAGCGUCUUCGUAGCACACCGUAA